GGAGGGGCGUUCCAGGGCGCGCCCCCGCCACCUCUGCCGCGCCUGGGUGGACGCUGACUUGGCGUCCAGCCCGGCCGGACCCCCGGGGCAGGUCACCUGCUCCCUGGCAGAGCUGUGGGCGUGCGGGCAGCCCGGAUGCGCAGCGCCCGGGUACCACCCCGCAGCCGCCGGCUCGUCCCUCCUCUGCCCGGCCACCCUUGGGGACCUCCGCAAUGCUCCGGGAGGACCCGGCCCGGCGCGUUGCACCGCCCCCACCUCGGGGCGCCCCGGCGGCGACGGGGGCGCGCUGGACGGCGGGGAGGGCGCGCCGUGAGAGCCCCGGGCAGCCCCCCGGGAGCCCCGCCCGCCCGCGCAGCCCCGCCUGCAGUGCUCUCGGCCACAUCUCCGCCCCCCCACCCCCCUGCUGACUCACUGCGCGGUGCCCAGCUCCCGGGGACCCGCAGAGGGGUGGCCGCCUGCAGGACGCGCCAGCCGCUGCCCGCCCCCGGCCCCCGGCCCCCGCGGCUCCAGCCCAGAGGCAGCGUGAGGCUCUGAGGAUCCGGAAUGACCGCUGGGGAGUCUUUCUAGCCUCUCGGCCAGUGUGUUUUUGGUCCAAAUGGCAGCUUGACCCACAGAUGGAAGCCCGGGCGCUGUGGGGUGGCCUGGGCCUGCUCCGCCUGGCGUGGUGUCUCCUUCCGCAGACGGGCUACGUGCACCCAGAUGAGUUCUUCCAGAACCCCGAGGUCAUGGCAGAGGACAUCCUGGGCGUGGAGGCGGCCCGGCCCUGGGAGUUCCAGCCCAACAACUCCUGCCGCACGGCCGUCUUCCCGCUGCUCACCUCGGGCUCCGCCUUCUGGCUGCUCCGGCUCUGGGAAGAGUGGGGGCCGGGCCCGGGCCCCCUGAGCGGCUACGCGCUGCUGGUGGCGCCCCGCCUCCUCCUCGCGGCCCUCUCCUUCGCCCUGGACGUGGCCGUGUACCUCCUGGCCCCGCGGUGGGGUGCGGAGCGCUGGACCGCCCUGGUCCUGCUGGCCGGCUCCUACGUCACCCUGGUCUUCUACACCAGGACCUUCUCCAACGCCGUCGAGGGGCUGCUGUUCGCGUGGCUGCUGGUGCUGGUGUCCCCCCGGGCGGGCCGCAGCCUCGGGGCCCGGCCGCCGGCGGCCGCGACACCCUGGUGGCGCAGCUGGCUUCUUGGGGGCAUCGUGGCUGCUGGCUUCUUCAACCGGCCCACCUUUCUGGCCUUCGCUCUGGCCCCUCUCUUCCUCUGGGGCGUCGGGGGAGCCCCCAACCCGGGCUUCAGGUCGCUGAGCCAGGACGUCCUGGCGCUGCUCCCGGGGGCAGCCCUCACGGCGGCGCUGUUUGUGGCCGUGGACAGCUGGUACUUCUCCAGCCCCUCCCGAGCCAGCGCCCUGGUCCUUACACCCGCCAACUUCUUGCGCUACAACCUGGACCCCCAGAACCUGGCCCAGCAUGGCACGCACGUGCGGCUCACGCACCUGGCGGCCAACGGCUUCCUGCUCUUCGGGGGGCUGCACGCCCAGGCCCUGCGGGCGGCCUGGCAGCAGCUGCAAGUCGGCCUCCAGGCCUUUGCCCAGCAGGGCUUCCCGAAGGGGCUGUGCGCCGGCCCCAGGACGCCCCUCCUGCUGCUCUACUUCGCGCCCCUGGCCGUGCUGUCGGCCUUCAGCCACCAGGAGGCGCGCUUCCUCAUUCCCCUGCUGGUCCCCCUGGUUCUGCUGUGCAGUGCACACCCGGAACCUGUGCCCUCCAAGGGCACCCUGGUCCUCUUCAAUGUCCUGGGUGCCCUCUUCUUCGGCUGCCUGCACCAGGGCGGCCUGGUGGGGGGCCUGGAGUACCUGAGGCGGGUGGUGCACGCUCCCCGGCCCCCCGGUGCUCCCACCCGCUACACGCUCCUCUUCAGCCACACCUACAUGCCGCCCCGCUACCUCCUGCGCCUCCCGCGCCCAGGCUCGCCCGUGGAGGUAGUGGACGUGGGUGGGGCUGAGGUCCAUGCCCUGUGCCACCUUCUGAAGGACCUGGCCAGACAGCCAGACUGCCAGGGGGCUGGCGGGCCGUGGCUCUGUCGCCUCUUUGUGGUGACCCCCGGCACCACCAGGCCCGCCGUGGAGAAGUGUGGCUUCCCCCUGGCGAGUGAGACCCUCGUGUUUCCCCACCUGAGCCUGGAGGACCCCCCGGUCCUGACCUCCCUGCUGAGCGGGGCCUGGCGGGAGCAGCUGAGCCUUCACAUCCUGGAGCUGGGGCAGGAGCCUGGCCACAGGGCCACCACGUAGCCGCGCUGGGGGACGCCCCUUCACGGCGUGGGACCUGCUCUUCCUUGCCUUCUUGUUACCCUUUCUAGUCUUUGGGUCGGGGGCCAUGCCCAGGGGUGCUCAGGGGCUACUUCUGGCUGCUCAGUGCUCAGGGAUCACUCCUGGCAGUGCUCAGGAGAGCAUGAAAUGCUGGGGAUCGAACCCGCAUGUGAAGCACAAGCUCCAGCCCUUGGAACAAUCUUCCUGGGCCUCUCUUCCUUCCCCUCUGCUCUCCUGGGCAUCCCUGUGGCCACUCUCUGUUCUGGGGGAGCUGGUGCCUUCUAUUUCCCUCCCAGCCCCCACACGCCCUCCCUGGAAGACCAAAGAUCUGACAAAUUACCCAAGACCCCCCAAGAAUUUGGUGUAACUAGUGACACCUACUGUCUGUCCCUGGCCCAUUCCUUCGGGCCACUGUGAGGUGUGAAGUACGAACAGAAGCGCCCCCUGCUGGCGCCACUCGGGAACGACCUCUGCCCGCGUCCACCCUCUGGCUUCCUAACCAUGGCAGGGAGCAGACAGCUCCGUGCCACACACUUGCUCUGCCACCGGCGGGCUGUGCGAUCUGAGGAAAGCCAGACUCAAGUUUCCCUCUGUGACAUAAGCCGGCGAGGCAUCUGCUGGCUGCCAGCGUCACGCUGAGGUCCUUGGCAGCUGGGCUUGGAGUGGGUGCGAUGUACCCCCGGGUGCACUUUGGGGCCUGUGCAGUGUGAGUCAUCAGUGUGGUCACCAACAAGUCAUUCUGGAACCUUCCUUGGAAUCCUCUCCAACUGCUCUCCCUAGGAGAGGUAGCGGAACCCUUCUGCACCUCAUUUUUGCACUUUUUAAUACUUUGACUCUUAGUCCUCCCAGAUGCCUCAUUCCCCGGUCUGUCGCGGUGGGAGUGGAAGCACAGUGUGCUGUGUUUGGUGGCACUGGAGAUAACCUGGUACCCGCCGAUCCUCUCUUCUUCCCCAGGCCCGGAGGAAAGGGGGCAGAGGGGGAGCACAGCGGGCACAGGACGCUUGCUUACCUUGCAUGCGUGUGACUCGGAUUUGAGUCCCGGCACCACAUAUACUCCCAAGAGCUCUGCCAGAAGUGAUCCCUGAGCACACAGCCAGGAGUAAGGCCCGAGGGCUGCUGGGCGGGCCCCCAAGCCAAAGCAGACCCUCCGUGUGCCCUGGAUCUUCUUCCCUGCGUGGAACUGCUCUUCGACAGCAGGCAGGGGCCCCUGCAGGCUGCUCCUGUCCUAGCAUGUUGCCCUGCAUGCCCGAGGGCGCCCAGCCCAGUCCAUCCCAGCGGACAUGGGAGCUGCGACACUGUCCCCACCUUCUGCCCAUCUCGGACGAGAACCAGAGGCAGGAAAGACCCGGGCGCUGGGGCUCAGGCGGGGAGAGGAGGCCAGAGAUGUCCAAACGGGGAAAUGCAUCCCGGGCUUCUGUGACAGCCCUGGGCUCGGGCGCCCCACAUCCAGCCCCUAGAAGGGGUCAGCAGUAUGCUGGGAAACUCUGGGAAGCCCCGAUCGGAACGGCUGGCUGAUUUCUGCGGUGUACGGAUUCCCACGCUGGCCAGGUUCAAGUGACUGAAUUCUGGGCCGCGAGCAGAGACCAAGGACCUGCCCUUGUGAGCCAGUGUGAGGGGAUGGAGCCCACCACUGGACAUGCCUCUCAAUUAAAGGCUCGAACCCACGGGA